CCUGAUUCUCAGCAUAAUUCUGGUUCGACCAGAGAAGAUCAGCAGCGAAAGGAACAGCCCCUCCGUCCGGAAAAACUUCACCCGGAACUGGCAAAGUUUCUGCUUAAACGGGUUGCGAAUUUCGACGAAGAAUUGCUGGAAAAACUGAUUUGUGAUGCGAAACUGGAUAGGAGAGCGAGAGAUGAAGAAGAAGAACACAAUCAUCAGCCGCAGGACACAUCAGUACCGGGGAUCACCGCUGGUCCAGCACGACCUCAAACACUGGUAGAAGAUCUUGAGGACUUCUCCUCCACUUCCGACGACCUCUUCAGCAGCUCGAGCAGCAAUGCCAGCGGCGAACAAGUUCUCGGUGAAGUAUUUCGAAAAAUCGGCGCGGUACAACUGCCUUUGGAAGGCCUGCAGCCGCCAAGUAGAAUUAUUCGUGGCGCAGUAGGAGGAGUUGCAGGAGGAACAACAACAAACAACCGCAAAAACAGCCUUUUUUUCGAAGGACGACACACGAUGGAUUGGAUUUUACCCGGGUCAACCACCGAGGAAGACGAGGACGAUUCGGAGUCGGUGGAAUCGGUAAGGAGGUCUGGCAUGACAAAAUCCCCUUUUUCAUCACCGCAUGACAAAGACAGUGAACAGCAAGUCGAAUCUGACCUCCACACGCCUCGCACUCUGUCGCUCGACUUCGAUAGCAGCAACACUUCUUCUUGUUCAUCUGCGGUCAUUUUCUCAUCUCCCAGAACAUCAAACAGAAACACUUUCACUAUGAACAAAAAACCUCAUUUACCCCUGGACUACCACUUCAAGCCCUUCGACUUUGAAAAGUCCGAGUCCUGCUACGACAGUGCACAACACCCCCUCUCCCUCAUUUGUAUGGCAUGAACAGCAAUACAAAAGCCAGCACUCCUGGAGCCUGUGCAUGACAAAUUUAUGCGCCGACCGAAGUACUGUUUCGGCUUGCAGCAUUUGUCAUGCCAACAGUGCUACAAGGCUGCAACUGGGUUUGGGAUUUUGCAUGACAAAUGAGGGGGAGGGGGAGUUGUGCACUGUCAUACCUGCGACGCAACCCUAGCGGAGAACGAGGUGGACCGCUUUUUGUUCGCACAGAAGAACUAUGCAUUGCAAAUAUGUCUGGGGGUGGAAACUUGUAAUGCAUGUGAGUGAAUGAUAUGAGCAUGCUGUGAUGCACCGCCAAGCAUGACAGAUUUUUUCCUGGCUCUGCGUUGUGUAUUUUACAUGAGAAACAGCGUUCUUGCAUGACGGACAGGGGAAGCUGUUCGUUGCCACGCAAUACAGAGCGCAGGGCCAACAUGUCAGAUUAGCAUGACAAAUUUCACAUAUUUCCAGACCGACACAUAUUUGCAUUUGAUAAGAACCAGAAAAACUCGACAGAAGCGAGUGAGCUGCUGCAAUCCUUGGAUUUGGAUUCGGUGCAAACGCGGCCGCCGAUUCCGGCGUUUGAAAUCAGACUGAAGAAAUCGUCUUCGAAGAAUAAACCGAGUAAACUGCAAGUCAAGGCGAAGGAAGGAGGAGUUGAUGUUGGCGCCCAAAUGAUGCCAGGACCACCGUUGCAUCUUCGAACAGGCGGGUCUACUUUCCCAAAUGCAGCUCGAGCGCAGAGUGACAGGGAGAAGACGCUCUACAAGUUUGUCGACCCCAUCAUGCCCUUUACGAAGCAGGAAGCGGAAGACCGGCAGCGUCCCCGCUCGCCCUUGUCCAGAUUUCCCUUCCGGACGCCGCAGCGCCGGCACAAGCGGAAGAUGAUUGCGGGCGUGGUGAAGGAGAUCGUUGCGGACAUUGUGGAAAAUUAUUGUCGUGGCAGGAGGCAGGUCGGGGAGGAGAUGAGUUCUUCUUCCGGCAGCUCGUCGGUAGAAGAAGUUGCUGUCACAAAAGAAGAUCGUGAAGCAGGAGGACGAGAAGAUGUUGGGGCCCGCACUUACUUUUCGAAGCAGGACCACGACGAGUCUGCAAGCUGGAGUCUGGUGGACGAGGAAGCGAGGAAGGCAGCAGCGCCGGAACAAACAUUAUCCACCGUUACUGCAGCUGCGGAAGGACUGGCAAGGCGGAUACCGCAGAUUGUGAACCGGAAUUUAAUAUUGCAGACAACAGUCGACGGAAAUCGAAAUAGAAACACCUCGACCGCUGCUGCGAAUACUACGAAGCUCCUUGAUUUAGCCACGGUAAAUUUCGAUUACCUUUGUGGUCUCCCCGAAAAUAUGAAAGGCGAAGACGCCCAUCUUGCGGACGAUGAGCAUAUGUCUCAGGCUGCAACUGCUACGGAGCUACUUCGUCGUGAAGGAGCAGAAACGUUGUUUCGGCAGAUUUUGGCGGCGACAGUCCAGAGCCAGGGUGGAGAACAAGCCGAGGAUCUUCACGAGCAUGGUCUUCGAACGCGGCACGACAUGAUGAGCAAAGGCAGUACGAAAAUCGCUGUGUCUCCCGAGGACGACCACGUCGCAUUGUCAAGCGGAACUGCCGCGGGGGAUCCUGAUCAAGGAGCAGGAGACACGAACAAGAAGGUGAGAAAAUUUGUGAAGGAGGUGGUGAAAAAUACCAACUUCGCCGACUUCGACCCCCAAUGGAAGUACCCGUUCUUUGUCAUGCGGAGAUCGCAAGAAGAUGAAGAAGAGCACGACGACGGCACCCACGCAGCUCCGGUAGAAAAUGAAGAUUCUGGCAGCGGCUACUUCAGAGAAAGUCGAAAUGGAGAGGGUGCCGAUAACAGGGACGACGCCACGUAUGAAAAAAGCAACACCACCACCACUCUUGCCCUCCUCGAGACGACAAAAAACCAUUCAGCCAGCUCCUCGUCUUCAAAAGUAGGUGGAGCGCUUUCCUCGGCCACUGUCAGCUCUGCUUCCGCAAGUAGGUCGUCGACUGGAUCCGCUUCUAAAUCAGGUGAAUCAACAACAUCCUCUUCCUCGUCCUCGACUACACACGUUGAAAGAAACCACUCCCAGUACCAACCGAAUCACUUCAAAAACCGGUUGCAGGACGCUGUGUUGGUGAAAGUGGACAACUCGAAGAUCAAAACGGUGUGGAGCUUGAUUGACGCGUUUGACGUUGGUUCGAGGAAGAGAGAGAUGACGAGAAGUAGUGCGGUACAAGAGCCGGAAGCGGAACAAUCACAGUGUAAAAACAGCGGGCAAGAAAGACCUCCAGGAGAGGACCACACGGACAGCACCAUAGGAAAACCACUUCCUCCGCCGCCCCGAGGACCACGUUUUGGAGAUGCAGCUCCGGGUCUAGUGAAUUUUGGUCGAGAAAAUAGAAAAGCCAAGGCCGCAAACAAUACUAGCAAAAGCGACGACCUUUUACCCGUGCCGAAGCGGUUACUCGCGGCUUUGGAAAAGAGCAAGGCGCACAGUCGGUCUAACUACAAUGCCAAUAAGAAGAACUAUUUACAACACGCGGGAGGAAGCGGUGGCAAUAAAGUCUGCGGGAACAAAGAAGUAGAGCAGAGCGAGUUUAUAAUUCGGCCUGCGACUUCGACUGCUGCGGCCUCAUCUUCAGACGCGAGGGUGAUUACGGAGAGGAAAGCUGGCGCCACCUCCUUCGUCUCAUUCUUCUUUCAAGAUGGAGCGUUUUUUUCGCAAAAAACUAGAAUGACCAGAAGUUGAU